GAGUGUUUGGGUCACAAAAUACUUUCUCUUUUCAUCCUGAUAGAGAAUCAGUGUUGAAGCAUUUGAAAGAAUGUAAAGUUUAUGAGUUCCUAUUUUUAAGCACCUGAUGAAAGUGUUUUUAAUGCAGCGAUGAACACGACAGCGUCUUUGUUUCUCUCUGUCGCUUCUAUUCAGUCAGGAAAUGAAACCAGCUGCAAAACAAAUAGGCAAGAAAAGACGUCCUGAAUCCUGAAUGACAGGUUUGUUUUUGUGUAACUGUUCGAUGGAUAACAAGUUGAAGCUGUGCUUGGUGAACAGUACAGAACAUAAAUUGCUUUAGUUUUAGUUCCUUUUAUAAAGGGAACCUCAUGAGGACUGAGGGGAGAUCGUGUGAAAGGAGGAAGUAACAAACGCGUUGUGGUGAAAAACGUACUUGAAGAAGAUUCAGGAAACACUUUCAGACUCAGUCUGCUCCGUCCAACUGUCGCUCUACUGUCACUUCACCCUCGACGACAUGAACGAGAUGAGAAUUGUAAUAUUAGGAAAAACAGGAGUUGGGAAAAGCAGCCUGGCGAACACCAUAUUAGGAGAGGAACUGUUCCAGACCGGCUUCAAUGGCGUCUCUGCAACAAGUGAAUGUCAAUCAGAAACCAGACGUGUCGAUGGAAGAGACGUCACCUUGAUCGACACUCCUGGUUUGUUCGACACGGGUCGACCUGAAGAGGAGCUGAAGGCUGCAAUAGUGAAGUGCAUCACAGAGUGCUCUCCUGGGCCUCAUGCUUUUAUCAUAGUGUUUAAGGUGGAGAGAUUCACAGAUCAGGAGCAGGAAGUGAUCAAUAAAAUAACAUACUUCUCUGAAGAAGCUUUCAAGUAUGCAACAGUCCUCUUUACUCAUGGUGACCAGCUGGAGGAAGGACAAACCAUUGAGGAAUAUUUCCACAACAAUCAUCUUGUUAGUGAUCUGAUAAAGAAGUGUGGAGGCCGCUGCCACGUCGUUGAUAACAAAUACUGGAAGAACAACCAGCCGGAUGAUUACAGGAGCAACCAGUUCCAAGUGAAGCAGCUGAUGAAGACCAUCGAUCACAUGAUUGAGGCAAACAAGGGAAGCUGCUUCACCAACGAGAUGCUACAAGCUGUGGAGAAACUGAGACUAGAGGAGGAGGAAAAGAUCAGACAGUCAUCAGGAAACAUGACAGAGGAUGAGAUCAGAGAGGAGGCUAAAAAGAAAAGGCGUUUGAAUAAAUUUGCAGAUGUUACAACAUUUGCAACGGUAGGAGUUCUUUUUGGUGGUGUCCUGGGCGUUGGAGGAGCAUCAGUAGGACUAGCAGCAUUCUUAGGGAUGGUGGCAGGUGCUUUAGCAGCAGCGAUCCUAAAGAGGGUACAGUGCCGCUAAGGAAGCUCACACAGCACAGGAGUCCCCAACGAGUGAAGCAACCUCUAUCUGGAAUGAUCAGGAAAAAACAGCAAAGAACAAAUCUGAAUCAAAACCUUUAAUUGGCUUUGAUUCUUAGAAUGUGUCAUUAAACCUUUCUGACAGACUUUUCGGGUAAUUACGCCCGAUGAGAAGGCCCCUCCCCCAAUUCGCUAAGAAAUACAUUUUCUUCAUAAAUUAUGUUAUGUUUUCAUUACAUUUCAUUCUCAAUACAUCCCUGGGUGGGCUUGAACCAACAACCUUUCAGUUAACAGCCAAACACACUGAUCAAUUAGGCCACAGAGACCUUUCUGACAGACUUUUGGGGUAAUUAGGCGCAAUGGCAAGGCCCCUCCCCCAAUUAGUUUAGAAAUAAAGAGUCUUCAUAAAUUAUGUUACGUCUGCAUUUGUCCCACCUCCUUUAAACAACAUGGAAUCUUUAACCAUUGAUGGUGUUCGUAUGUAACAGGUUGAACUUCUUGCGUGAGCUUUCUUCUAUUUUCUGACUCUUUUCUAAAGCGUGUUGCAACAGCUGCAGAGCAAAGUGCUUCCUGACUAAAUUAAAGUUCAAUCUUUUCUUAUUUUUAGUGCCUGAUAUGUUGUUUCUUAUGUGUAUUAUCAACUGUGGCCACAAAC